AUGCAGAAACUUCCUAUUGGGGUGGCCACAGGCAUUGUCUACAGCAAUCCGGUGCUCAGUGGGCUGCUGGCCAGCUUCAUCCUUCGUCGUGAGAAGCUGUCGAUGGCCUUCGCUAUCCAGGCAAUUGUGUGCCUCACCGGCACCGCCCUGAUCAUCCCGACAGGAACGAAGGAAGGUGGAGCGGACGCUGAGUCAAACGAUUACUUCGUGGGGACCAUGGUAGCAGUGGUGAGUGCUUGCCUUCAUGCAGUGUGUCCGUGCGCUGUGCGCAUGAUGGAGGGCAUCCACCCGCUGGAGAUCCAGCUUUUCCAGGAUGCGUUCGCGACGCUGGCUACUAUUCCACUGUCUGUCAUGGCCGGUGGGCCUGCGGUGGAUGUGGAGGUUUGGAGGCAUGUGCAUUUCUCUUACGUGAUCUACUUCACCGCGGCGGGGUUGACAGCCAGCUUUUUGUUCAUCGCUGGCUGGCGUAUGGCUCCUGUCACGAAGGCAUCACUCUUCACCUACACGGAGAUUCCUACAUCAUUCCUUGUCCAGGUCUACCUGUUCCAAGACAUCCCCGCAGCGAGACAAGUGCUGGGAGCAUCGAUGAUCGUCAUAGCCACAUGCGUGCGACUCCGCAUGGAAGGCUAUGGGUUCAGCGACAACAAGGCUGCUGACGAGUUGGUGCCCGAGGACCGAACGAGAAACGAGACAGCACAGGAGGUCGUCCACCAGCAACGAAAAGAAGGCGAGCGCUUCCGAGAGGGAUCGUGCCUCUUUUCCGGCAAAGCGCGACUGUCCAAGCCCACGAAAGAGCGAAAUGCCGACAGACCGAAGACCAGGGGGCGGCUAGGCGCGCCUGUGGAACUUAGGACGAAACCCGAGAGCACUUUCACGCCGACUGUGGCGCUGGACGGACGGACAGAGCACCCCGGGCCCGCCCUCGUGCAUGCCUUGACCCUGGAGUCUGCAAGGUUGUGCCAAAUCUUGGUCAUGCAGCAGCUCAGCUUCGGAAUUCACCGCCACUGCUGUGCAGCUUCCCUUAAGGUGUCGAUGGAAGAUUCAACCGCAACCCUGACCGGAGAUGCGCACGCAGCCGUAAAGACGCUCGUAGAAGGAUUGGACCUCGUGCGCAAUAUCUUGGUACUGACAGUCCUGGUCCACCCGAAGUGUGCCGCGGCACUACCUCAGCUGGAUGCCUGCGACAGCGGAAACAGCACUUUCCUUUGGAGGAGGUCUAUGCCGCCAGAUCGAAGGCCCUCCGAGGGCUGCCUUCGGAGUGCCACAGUUGUCAGCGUUUACCCCAGGUGUCAACAAAGCCGAGUGAAGCCCGACAAGAAGCAGCGUGAAGCUGUAAGAUCGAUGGGUGAGCACGAGCUUCUCGAUUUGCUUCUCACGCAGCUCUCACUGCGUGCAAAAGAAGCCAACCACUUUGAGACACUCUUCCCGAUCUUGCAGUUGAUCCACCAGCGGCUGCUGGUUUCAACACCGGACUCGGGCAGUCCCCGCCUGGCGGGCGCCAUGCAACGAAAUAUGGAGAAGAUAAUGUCCAAGAUGAGAUGCAGCAAGUUGAUCAGCUUCGUGCAAACGAACCCCAGCGUGGAUUCCGAUUUUAUGCGUCAGCUGGAAGAUGGCUUGAACGGCUCGAAGCCUGUCAUCAACACUGCGACCUCAUUGUGGCUUUGA